AUGGCCGCGGCACCGUCGCGGGCACUCGCCGCCAACAAGAGGUGGGGGUUUGCUGCUGCUGCUGCUGCUCCGGGGAGGCCGCCGGCCGCGGGGGUUGUUGAGGCGGCCCCGAAGCCCACUAACUUGCCAACCCAGAGGGGUGCUCUCCCAUGGGUCAACAGGCCAAUGCCUCCAGCACCAAAUGCAUGGGGUUCAUCAUCACUCCUAUCUCUCAAGAAGGGUGAAGGUUCUGGGUCAUUUUUGAACAUCAAUGACCGCCCCUCUUCUUCAGGAAGCUCAAGCACGUCGACAGAUGAAAAUGACUUGCUCGACUCACCUGUUGCUUGUGGUCUAGCUUCACAUGAUUCUGUAACUGCGAUAAGCCGUUCUCAAAGCACAGAAUUAAGAUCAGGAAGCUGGAAAUUUGCACAUUCUCAAGUUUCUUUCUUGGAUGUUCUGAAAGCCCCAUUAAGGACUAUUGCCAAAAAGAGGUUUACAUCACACAUAAAGGGGUUUACCAUAUGUGCAGAUGAUUUCCCAGUACUUGAUUCCAAGAACUCUCAGUCAAAUGGUCAACAAGGCCAUAGUUUUCAAGGGCGAUCAUCUUUUAGCUCUGUUGUUAUCACGGCACGAGAUGAACAAAGAAAGAUCCUGUUAACUGGAGGUGAUCCUGUUUCUACUGCAAAUUUCUCUUGGGAACCAAAACAGGCUCAACUACAUGCUACACAAACUCCUGAUAUAUGUAUGCCGCCUCCAUGUAUUGAUUACUGGCAUCCUCCUCCUGAUCAUCCUCCUGACAGGAAUGGAAUUCGUCUCGGAGGAGUGGUAUCAUAUGGUCCGUGCAAUCCUGCAGACAAGACUGUCAGCUUCCCUGUUGAAUCAUUUACUCAUGAUGGUCAAUCCGUUCUGAACCAGGGGGGAGAAGAAAGGCAUGGUCCACAUGGUGUUUAUCACCCAAAAAACAAUGAUUCCUGUUAUGCUAAUGUGCCUGUUGAUACUUUUGUCAAAAGUUUACCUCAUCUCAUACUUGAAAAGGUCAAAGAUAACCAUUCAGAUGCACUUGAGAAGCAACCUGUCAUCGAGAAGGAUGUGGCACUGUUAGAGAAUAAAUUGUCAUACUUGGAAAGAUCAAAGGAAUCCAAGGUUGAAUGCCCAAAAAGCCUCAAUUUAAAAGCAGAUCAUGUAGCAAAUGAUGUUCCCUUUAGCGCUGCCACCAGUUAUAUCACCUCUGCCUUUGAUAUACAUAAUUCUGUUUCUGAAAGAUGUAAUCAUGUGUUGGUUGGUACAUCAAAUAUGUCUGCUAUUCUUGUAACGACUGAUCUGUCAGAAGGACAUGUUACUGAAUUCAGUGAAUUUAAAAAGAUGGGCAACUCUGCUGAUAAUCAUGUAUAUGGAGUAGCGGAUACAUCAACAAACCUCUGUGGCAGUUCAGCUACGGACACUGCAUCUAAUAUCUGGGGACAUGGAUGGAAGGAACACUCUACUGUUUACUCUUUGCCAGUCACUACAACAAAUUAUCAUGAAGAUCAACCAUUUGCUGGGAACUGCUCACAGCAGCAUUCAGGAAGAGAGUUGUCUGCUCAAAAUGCACAACUACAGGGAGAGGAGAGGGGAAAAAGUCAACAAAAGGCAAAGUCUAUUGCAAAACUGGAAUUUGUACAAAGCCAGAAGUUAAAUGAUGCACCUGGUAAAUCCUGUGAUUCCCAUGUAUAUGGAGGAUGGAGUGCUUUGAUAAACAAGCUUGAUUGUGCUGAGGAUAUUCCAUUUAACAUUUCGAGACAUGGAUGGGAAGGUCACCCUGCAGUUGACUCUUUGCCAGUUAUGACAAAUUCUCAUCAAGACCAAUCUUUUCCUUGGAACACCUCUGAGCAAGGGCAUGCGCCAACUGAUGAUAUUCUUAAUUCUCCUCGUUAUGAAAUUGAGCAUUCAAGAUGGAGAGAGUCUUCUACCAAAUAUGCAAAACAACUACAGAUGGAGAAUGAAAACAUCGAACAUAAGGCAACAUUCAUUGCCAAACCAGAAGUCUUGAGUGUAGAAAGAUAG